GGAAGGGCAGCAGACAGCCGAAUAAAGGGGGAAUAAACAAACCUAGAUAAACACCAAUUCAAAGGGAAAUGUUGAUGGAACGGUUCUCGAUCGGCGGUGUUGGUUUACUGUGAUUUUUGUUUCGCGCAAACAGUGAAAAUUAUAAAAGUUUCGAAGAACUUGAUUGUUUGAUUUUAAAGUGUUUGUUUUAAAAUUCGUUGUAAAGGAGUAAAUAACUGUGCUUUUGUGUCCAUGGUGCCGAUUGAUAACAUUCUGCAAAAUCACGUUUUUCUCAUCCAGGUCAAAAAAUACUUAAAAGCAACGCAUUACGAUGAAAGAUUUGAAAGCGGAGACCCCAGCGAGCGGCAGUCUCCCAAAACUGGAGAACAGCAGGUGUGGCAGCAGUGGCGAGGCUCUGCUAAAGCCAUCCUUGCUGCCCAUGGCAUUGGAAUCGUCUGAGCUGGCGCAGGAUCAGAAGGCCCGGGAUAACUGGGGCAGUUCGCUGGAGUUCCUCAUGUCCUGCAUCGCCCUGAGCGUGGGAUUAGGCAACGUGUGGCGGUUCCCGUUCACGGCUCUGGAGAACGGAGGCGGUGCCUUCCUGAUUCCCUACCUCAUCGUCCUGUUCGUGGUGGGAAAGCCGAUUUACUACAUGGAGAUGCUGCUGGGACAGUUCUCGAGUCGUGGCAUCGUGCAGGUCUUUGACUUUGCGCCCCUAAUGAGAGGUGUGGGCUACGCUCAGCUUUUGGCCCUUGGCGUCUUGGCCACUUACUAUGCCUCGGUGAUGGCUCUAACCCUUCGAUACUUCUUCGAUUCCUUCGCCUCGGAGUUGCCGUGGAGCUUCUGCCGCCCGGAGUGGGGUGAUGGGUGUGUGAGUGCGGCUGGCGGUGAGAACCUUCAAGGUCAUCUGGCGCAGAACUUUAGCUCCUCGACGCAGCUCUACCUGCAACGCAUUGUGCUGAAUGAAACGGAUUCCCUGGAUCAGGGAAUAGGCUAUCCGAGUGGCAGCUUAACCCUGAUGCUGGCGAUUUCCUGGCUCACCGUAACGCUGAUCAUCAUCCGCGGUGUGAAAAGCUCGGGCAAGGCGGCUUAUGUCCUGGCCCUCUUUCCCUACGUCGUGAUGUUCAUCCUUCUAGUGAGAGCCCUCACCUUGCCCGGUGCCUACGAGGGCGUCAUGUACUUCCUGACGCCGCAGUGGGAAAAGCUCUUGGAACCGGAAGUGUGGUACAAUGCGGUCACCCAGGUGUUUUUCUCCCUGGCCGUCUGCUUCGGUGUGAUCAUCAUGUACUCCUCGUACAAUCGAUUCGGCCAUAAUGUCUACCGGGAUGCCAAUAUAGUGACAACUCUGGACACAUUCACCUCGCUGCUCUCGGGGGUGAUUAUCUUUGGGAUCCUGGGCAAUUUGGCCCACGAAUCGGGCACCAAGGACAUCGCCAGUGUGGUGAAGGCGGGUCCCGGUCUGGCCUUCAUCUCCUAUCCGGAUGCCAUUGCCAAGUUUAAGAUGUUCCCACAGGUGUUCUCGUUGCUCUUCUUCGCCAUGCUCUUCAUGCUGGGCGUUGGCAGUAAUGUGGGCAUGGUCAGCUGUAUUAUGACGGUGCUGAAGGAUCAGUUUGUGAACAUCAAGCUGUGGAUAAUCGUGGUGUGCCUUUCGUUGAUUGGAUUUCUGGUGGGUCUGAUUUACAUUACUCCCGGUGGUCAGCAUAUCAUAACGCUGAUGGACUUUCAUGGCGUUACCUUCGUCUCUUUGGUGUCGGCCAUCUUUGAGCUGAUUGCUGUGGGCUGGAUCUAUGGCACCAAACGUCUCUGCCAGGAUGCGGAAUACAUGCUGAACAUUAAGACCUCAAAUUACUAUAGGAUCUGCUGGUCCAUUGUAACUCCACUGGUAAUGGUGGUCAUUUUGGUCUAUAGUUUGCUCACCAUGCGUCCACUUAGCUACAAUGGUCAGGAGUUCCCCUUAGCUUAUAGAGUUUUCGGCUGGUGUGUCUCUGGUUUCAUUAUUGGCCAGUUGUUCUACUGGGCCUUCUAUGCCAACUGCCGGCAGCCCAAAGGAUCACUGAAAAACCGCAUUAGCAACUCAAUGAAGCCGCACUGCGAUUGGGGUCCUUUGGAUCCCAAAAAGCUGAUCGACUACCAGACGUUCCUGCGCCACAAGGAUGAGGACGAUUCCAGGGAGCUGAAUCGUCGCGGUGUUUGCAAUACAGCUGGAGAUCGAAUUUUUGGCUAAGCCAGACUUUUUAUUUUACAUUCUUUGCUUUAAUAUUUAUUCCUAAUUGGAACUUUUGUAUGCCAACUUGUUUAGUUGUACUUAAUAUAUUUGAUAUACAAUUUUUUUUUAUUCACACACACAAAACGAAUGCAAACAAAAAUCAA